AUGAUUCUCCGAUGGAACUAUUUCGCAAAACUUCAACAAAGAUGGAUUUGCCAACAAUUAUUAUGGAAACAAGAUCAACAACCCGAGUGGGUGCAGCACAAGGAAGAAAUGAUCAACAAAUUUUUUCAAAUGCAUCUUGAACUUGCUCCUUUUCCUUAUUCGGAUGAUGAAGCCAUCAUGAUGCAUUUAUUAUACACUUGUGAUGGUUAUUUUCUGAAAUAUGCUUCUCGGAGAUUACGAGAUAAAUUUUCAGUGGUUUCUGCAGCAGUUUCUCAGAAUGGCCGAGCGUUGCGAUUUGCAUCGUUGCGUUUGAAGAAAAAUAGAGAAAUUGUCAAGAAAGCAGUGAAUCAUUGCUCUCGAGCAAUAGAAUUUGCUUUUCAUGAUUUAAAACUCGAGUUUGAACAUGAAAAAUUCAACAAAAAGCUCAUUCAAGCAGGUUUGGAUGGUUAUCAACAAGUGUUUAGGGAAUUGUGGCCUAUUCGUGAUGAAAGAAAGACUGAUCCAUGUUUUGACAGUAACAACAAUGAAAGGAAUACCUCAACCAAUAAUGAACGGACGAACAAUAAUAAGGACACGUCCAUUGUUUUGAAAAUAAAUUGA